AGAAGUUGAGGCAAGCAGCUAGAGAUGGCGAUGGAAGGAGCCUAUAGAUAUAUACAGCCAAUACCAAUAAUCCCCAUCUCCUCUCUAUUGGCCUGAUUCGACUGCUGCCAACACCCUCCCAACCCUCCCAAAGAGCCCAUCACACAGCCCAGGGCGGGCGCUCACGGCGACCCAGCGGGCAACUCUUCCCACCAUGCCUCGCCCCAAGGCCCUAACAAACGCUCAGCUCCAGCAGAUCGCCCAGGCCUGCGGCGUCGCAAAGGCGGGCACCAAGAGCGCCCUCGCCGCCCGCAUCGUCGCCGCCCUGGCCGCCCACAAGCCGCCCCCGCCGGCCGAGCGGAUCCUCAGCAUCGACAUGGGCCUGCGCAACUUUGCCUUUUGCCACUUCACCCUGGGGGCGCCGCCGCCACCGAAGCGCCGGGGGUCCGCCGCCGAAAAGACCAUCCCUUCCGGCUUGGCGGCGGCGGCGGCGGCGGCGACAUCACCGCCGCCGACCCGCUCGGCUGGGGUGGUGGACCUCACCCUCACCGGCCCGGUGCUCACGCUAAACUCGUGGGAGGUGCUCGACCUGACCGAGGUCACCCCCGGGGCCGACGCGCUCGACUACGGCUCCAAGGCGGACCUGAGCGCCGUGGCCGUGGACGUGGUGGAGCGGCACUUGCUGCCACUACCGCGGGCGCCGACGCGCGUGCUCAUCGAGCAGCAGCGCUUCCGAUCUGGCAGCACCUCGUCGGUGCUCGAGUGGACGCUGCGCGUCAACACGCUCGAGGCCAUGCUGCACGCCGUCCUCGCCACCCUGCGCCGCCGCGGCCACUGGGCCGGCGCCGUCGAGGUUGUCAACCCGCUCCUGUCGUCCGCACACUUCUUCAGCGGGGACGAGGGCGGCGGGCGCGUGCCGACGAGGGUGCUCAAGGGGAUGAAGAUCGACCUGCUGGGCGGUUGGAUCUGCGGGGACAGUGCGGGCGGCGGCGGCGGCGGCGGCGAUGGCGAUGGCGAUGGCGAUGGCGAUGGCGAUGGCGAUGGCGAUGGCGAUGGCGAUGGCGAUGGCGAUGGCGAUGGCGAUGGCGAUGGCGGUGGCGGUGGUGGCGGUGCGCCCGCCGCGAGCGUGACCAUGGGGAGCCCCGAGGCCGAGCGGACCGCGGCUGUGUUUCUUCAAAAGUGGCGGCCGGACAAGGAGGUCAAGAAGGAGAGGAGGGCCAAGAAGAGUCUUGACGAUGGCAAUGAUGCUGCCGCAAUAAAGCCAGGGUUGCGGGCCAAGAAGCUGGACGACCUCACAGACUGUGUCAUACAGGGCGCUGCGUGGUCUAGCUGGCAGGACAUGAGAACAAAACUCUCUCAAGAUGGAACCAAGGAGAUGCUCGAGCAGCUCAUAUGAAACUAAAGCCACUGCUGGGGUUUCCGGGAUAUAACGGUAAACGGCGUGUUUGUAUUUCUAUGAUACCCGUCCAUAUCAUCACAAGCUUGGUUAUGUUGAAACGAUAGUCCUGUAUCAGGUAAGUACCUAGGCAGGCCUGCUAAGAUUUUCAUGGUGUUUAAAUUCAUCCAUCCGAG